UCCGUUCUCCGACCUUCAUCCCAGUUGUAUCUCCGGUAACGGACUCGUUCAUUUGCGGAGGAGUUCCGGCGACGGUGGACACAAUGCUUUUCCGGUUAGGGAUAUUCUUAUCCCUGCUCUUGCUCAACUCAAUUUGCUGUCAUGCCGCGGUUUCCAGCAUAGAUCUGGGAUCUGAAUCCAUGAAAGUCGCCGUGGUCAACCUGAAACCGGGGCAACCGCCAAUCUCGAUCGCCAUCAAUGAGAUGUCGAAGCGCAAGAGCCCGUCGUUAGUCGCAUUCCAUUCGGGGGCGAGGCUAAUCGGCGAGGAAGCAUCGGGGCUCCUCGCGCGGUAUCCGGACAAGGUUUAUUCCCAUCUUCGAGAACUCAUCGCUAAACCCUACGAUCACGUCGUCAAAUCCCUAGACUCACGGUAUUUGAAUUACGACGUUUUUCCGGAGGAGACGAGGAAUGUCGCGGCUUUCCGUACCGAGAACGGGAAUUUCACGGCGGAGGAGCUGGUGGCGAUGGUGUUGAAGUACGCGAUUGGGCUCGCGGAGACGCACGUGCGAGGCGGUUCAGUGAAGGAUGCAGUGAUUACAGUGCCUCCAUACAUGGGCGUCGCAGAGAGAAAUGGGCUGCUUACUGCCGCCGAGCUCGCGGGGAUCAAUGUGCUUGCGCUCGUUAAUGAGCAUUCUGGAGCUGCGUUGCAAUACGGGAUUGACAAAGAUUUCUCCAAUGGAUCAAGGCACGUGAUCUUCUAUGACAUGGGGGCAGGUAGCACUUAUGCUACUCUUGUGUAUUUCUCUGCGUACAAUGCCAAAGAAUAUGGGAGGACCGUGUCAGUUAACCAGUUUCAGGUAAAAGAUGCUAGAUGGGAUGCUGAGCUCGGGGGUGAACAGUUUGAAUUAAGGUUGGUAGAGUACUUUGCAGAUGAGUUCAACAAACAGCUUGGAAAUGGGUUUGAUGUGAGAAAGUCUCCUAAGGCAAUGGCCAAAUUGAAGAAACAGGUUAAGCGAACAAAAGAAAUACUCAGUGCAAACACAGCUGCUCCAAUCUCAGUUGAAUCCUUCUAUGAUGACCGUGAUUUUCGGAGCACAAUAACUCGUGAGAAGUUUGAAGAGCUAUGUGAAGAUUUGUGGGAAAGAGCUCUUGUUCCUUUGAAAGAUGUUUUGAGGCACUCUGGUUUGAAGGCUGAAGAAAUUUAUGCUGUAGAGCUCAUUGGAGGUGGCACUCGGGUGCCAAAAUUGCAGGCCAAGCUUCAAGAGUUUCUUGGGAGGAAAGAGCUGGACAAACAUUUGGAUGCAGAUGAAGCAACUGUUCUUGGUGCCUCGCUGCAUGCUGCAAAUAUAAGUGAUGGGAUAAAAUUGAACCGCAAGCUGGGCAUGAUUGAUGGUUCAAUGUACGGAUUUGUUAUUAAUGUAGAUGGUCCUGAUCUGCCCAAAGAUGAGAGCACCAACCAAUUUUUAAUACCUCGAAUGAAAAAAUUACCCAGUAAGAUGUUCAGAUCCAUCGUUCAUGACAAAGAUUUUGAAGUUUCACUUGCUUAUGAAAGCAAAGACUUACUACCACCUGGCACUACUUCGCUUACAUUUGCUCAGUAUGCAGUAGAAGGACUAGCAGAUGCUAAUGAGAGAUACGCAUCAAGAAAUAUUUCGGCUCCAAUCAAAGCCAACCUGCAUUUCUCUCUUAGUAGGAGUGGAACAUUCUCUUUGGAUCGGGCUGAUGCUGUUAUUGAAAUAUCUGAAUGGGUGGAAGUUCCAAGAAAAAAUCUGACAGUGGAUGAUUCGAACUCUACUGCUGCCAAUGCAUCAGUUGAGUCCAGCCCCAAGAACACUACAGAGGAUAGUGAUGACAAGCUGGAUGUGGAGGGUGCUAGUAGUGAUUCAUCCAAUUCUACUGCAAAUAAUUCUUCUACGGCAGAUCUUGGUGCUGAGAAGAAACUGAAAAAACGGACUUUCCGCAUUCCUCUAAAGAUUAUAGAGAAGACAACGGGUCCAGCAAUGUCUUUUUCAGACAAGUCUUUUAGUGAAGCUAAAUUGAAAUUGGAAGAACUGGACAAAAAAGAUGCAGAGAGGAGAAGAACUGCUGAAUUGAAGAACAACCUGGAAAGUUACAUUUAUGAUACGAGAGAUAAGAUUGAGUCAGAAGAAUUUGCAAAAAUUUCAACUGACCAAGAGCGCAAGUCCUAUAUCGAGAAACUUGAUGAGGUGCAAGAAUGGUUAUACACUGAUGGUGAAGAUGCAUCAGCCACAGAAUUUGAGAAAAAACUAGAUCUGUUGAAGGCUAUUGGUGAUCCUAUAUUCCAUAGAUACAAUGAGCUAACUGCACGCCCUGCCGCAUCUGAACAUGCUCGACGUUACCUCACUGAAUUGCAACAGAUUGUGCAAAAAUGGGAAACAGAUAAAUCUUGGCUUCCUAGAGGGAAAAUUGAUGAGGUUCUGGCUGAAGCUGAGAAACUAAAGAGUUGGCUGAAUGAGAAGGAGGCUGAGCAGGCUAAGACUCCAGGAUAUAGCAAACCAGUAUUCACAUCAGAAGAAGUAUACACGAAGUUAUUUGAUCUUCAAGAUAAGGUGGCCAAGGUCAAUAAAAUUCCUAAACCAAAGCCAAAGGUCGAGAAGCCCACAACGAAUGGAACCGAGAACAAUGGACAAAAAGAAAAGGCUGACUCGUCUUCUGAGGAACCCUCACAGAAAGAGCAAACUGGAGAUUCGGGGAAACCAGCCAGUGGCGACAAACCUAGUGCUGAAUCCAACGGUGAUGGCCAGCCAGAAAAGCACGAUGAGUUAUGAUUUUUUUUAGAACAAAUUCACGUAGGCAUGUAGAGGUUAGAAAGAGACGAGAACAGCAACUUCAAUGGAGGAGUGAUGCCCUAUGUUUCUUGAUCCCACUCUCCCUUUGUUAAACAUUGAAUAGUAAAUGCCAAGAGGAUCAUAUGCUUCAUUUGAGUUAUUUGUAGCAAAAAACUACUGUAUAAACUCCAAGAAAACAUGCAGCAUUUGAACUGCAAAAAGAAUUUUGUUAGCUUUGUCCAUCA